AUGGAGUUCAAUUGUGAGAAAAACCUCUGGAGCUUCAUGGAUGAGGAAAGAAAGAGAAUCAAGUUGCCUCGGAGACUUUCUUUUGGUGGUGACCCGCAACAAAGUUCGUCAGAAACCAACAACAUGCAUUCAGCUUCUUCAGCAAGACCUUCUGUUGCUGCUUCUGAACCAUCAAUUCCUACACGGCCUAUGAGCCCUGGGACACCAUGGACACUAUCCCCAGUGCGCACCUCUCCCUCCCAACCCCUUCUUUACCAUUGCAUUGCCUCCCUCCACCGACAUGAAGGUAACAUUUUCUCCAUCACACUAUCAAAAGAUUUUAUAUUCACAGGCUCAGAAAGUAGCCGGAUUCAUGCUUGGAAGCAGCCGGAUUGCACUGAAAUUGGUUACAUAAAGGCUGCUUCAGGUCAAGUUCGAGCCAUCUUGUCCUCGGGGAAAAUGCUAUUCACCACACAUGGUGACUGCAAAGUUCGCAUAUGGGAUGCGUCCACUGCAGAGAAUUUUAGGCCGAAAAAGAUCACAACUCUGCCUCAAAGAAAUCGAUUUUUGUUCUUUUCAAGAAAGAGCAGCCAGCAGCACAAUGAUCACAUCUCUUGCCUAGCUUACAACAAGGAAGACAAGCUGUUGUACACAGGCUCGUGGGACAAAACAGUCAAAGCUUGGAAGAUCAACGAGAGGUGUUGUGUGGAUUCAUUUGUGGCUCAUGAAGGUCAAGUAAAUGGGAUUGUCAUCAACCAAGAAGAUGGUUGUGUUUUCACUUGCUCCUCAGAUGGCUCAGUCAAAAUCUGGAGAAGGGUGUUUGGUGAAAGUUCUCACAUUCUGACCAUGACUCUCAAGUUCCAGCUUUCACCAGUGAAUGCCUUGGCAUUGAGCUCGUCACCGAACACCACCCUACUCUACUCUGGCUCAUCAGAUGGGCUUAUAAACUUUUGGGAGAAGGAGAAGAUGUCUGGGAGGUACAACCAUGGAGGGUUUCUGCAAGGUCAUCAUUUUGCUGUUCUUUGCUUGGUAGCCUUGGGAGAAUUAGUCUUCAGCGGCUCCGAGGAUGCAACCAUAAGGGUUUGGAGGAGAGAGGAAGGGAAUUGCUUCCAUUCAUGCAUUUCUGUCAUUGAAGGCCAUCAUGGGCCAGUAAGAUGCUUAGCAGUUUCUUUGGAAACAGAGAAUGUGGUGGGGGUGAAGGGUUUGUUGGUUUAUAGUGCAAGCUUGGACCAAACUUUUAAGGUAUGGAGGGUCAAAGUUUUUCCCACAGAGAAGGUAAACAUGGAUGAGUCUGCCAAAGACCCACAAAGAGAGAUUGUGGAGUGUGAGACAAGUCCAGUGCUGUCACCUUCAUGGGUAGAGAAAAAGCUUCUAGGCAACUAUUUCCAGUAG